GGGCGGGGCUCCGACGUCGCGGGCCGGCACCCCGCUAACCUGCCGGCGGCGCCGAGCGCGGGAGCCGGCUUGGGGAGGAAUGGAUGCGGGCGGCGUGGCGGACGCGCUGCUCUCCGGGGCCUGCGUGCUCUUCACCCUCGGCAUGUUCUCCACCGGCCUCUCGGACCUCAGGCACAUGCGAAUGACACGGAGGGUGGACAAUGUCCAGUUCCUGCCCUUUCUCACCACGGAUGUCAAGCGACUGCCCCUCCUCUGCAGCAACCUAAGCUGGCUGAGCUACGGCACCCUGAAGGGAGACGGGACCCUAAUCGUCGUGAACGCCGUGGGUGCUGUGCUUCAGACCCUAUACAUCUCGGCGUAUCUGCACUACUGCCCUCGGAAGCAUGCUGUGCUCCUACAGACCGCAGCCCUGCUCGGGGUCCUCCUCCUGGGUUUUGGCUACUUUUGGUUCCUGGUGCCCAACACCGAAGCCAGGCUUCAGCAGCUAGGCCUCUUCUGCAGUGUCUUCACCAUCAGUAUGUACCUCUCGCCACUGGCCGACUUGGCCAAAGUCAUUCAGACUAAAUCAACCCAACGUCUCUCCUUCUCACUCACCAUCGCCACCCUCCUCACCUCUGCCUCCUGGACCCUCUACGGGUUUCGACUCAGAGAUCCCUACAUCAUGGUGCCCAACCUUCCAGGAAUCUUCACCAGCCUCAUUCGCCUCUGGCUUUUCUGGAAGUACCCUCAGGAGCAAGACAGGAACUACCAGCUCCUGCAAACCUGAGGCAGGUCACCUGACCACCAGGCACCUUAAUGCCAACCUGUUACCAAAGAGAUCUCCUUGUCUCAUCUGUUCCUGCUUACCAGCUCCACAGGUGUCGUGGCUUAUGGAAAAGAAAGAGAACUUUGAAUCAAGGGACCAAAGAACGCUUUACUUAGAAGACUGGGUGGGAUGGGGAAGAUGAAGCUCUUAUUUUCUAGAGAUUCUAUUUUUUAAUUUUGGAGGUGAGGGUGAAAUCCUUAGAAUGUGCCUUAAAAUAAACUGUUAUAUAGCCCUGCCCGGCAAGGCUUA